AUGCUUCUAGUAUGGAGCAUCCUAAUUGUCCUGUUCCUUCGAUGUAGCGGCCUAACUUCAAACAACUGCGGUUUCAACUCAAUGUGUACAUGUUCCUCUGGACAACACGAUCUUGCCUCGAGGACGAUACACACCGUGAGUUGUCUCUCUGUGCCCUUCUAUAAGUUUCCAAACCUCCCCGAGGGCAGCAUCGGGCAGCUCGAAGUGGUAGGAUCCCGAGCCGCCUUCCUGGAGGCCGAAAGUUUGGCCGGUUGCCAAGUACAAGCACUUGUUUUGACCAACAAUCGCCUUGAACAUGUUGCGGACCGGGCUUUCAGCUCAUCUUGGAAAAGCCUCACCUCGCUGGAUCUGAGCUAUAAUCAACUAGACAGUGUGCCUUUUGUCCCGCUCAGAGAAUCCCGGAGUCUAGAGUGGAUUAAUCUUCAUGGGAACCAAAUAGCAUCAUUAGAAGGCGACUGGUCGCACAUGGAGAACACCGUAGCCACGCUAUUUUUAGGAGAAAACGACAUUAUCGAAAUUCCAUCCGAUUUUUCCGACCAUACAUCGAAAAAUUCACGCGGCCUUCACCGCUUCAAAUCUCUAAUUUGGCUUAAUCUAGACGGAAACAGAAUACACAAAAUCCACAAACGUUCGUUGCCCACCGCCUUACAGACUAUCAGCGUGUCACAUAAUUUAAUAGAAACUUUUCCCAUUGACUUAGUGGCGACGCUACCUCAAUUGCAGUGGCUAUACCUGAGAGGGAAUCACAUAAAGAUGUUACCCGAACACACGUUUCCGAAGAGACUUUGGAUGGAGAAAAUUGAUCUCGGCGAAAACUUUCUAAAAUCUCUACCGAAAACUCCUUUUAAUAACACCAUAUGUAUAAGAGAUAUAAACUUAUCGUCAAACGAUUUUAGAACUAUAACUUCUGAAAGUUUUGAUGGCUUGGAAACGAGGAGGAUCAUACUUUCUUACAACCUUAUAGAAAAUUUGGACGUACGGGCCUUUAGUGGCUUGGAAGAUACUUUAGAAUAUUUAGAUUUUGAUCACAAUAGUUUGCAGCACAUACCCCAAGCCGUUAGCGAUUUAAAAUCCUUAAAAUAUUUAUACCUUUCGUCAAAUUCGCUAAUAAAAAUAUCGGAAAACGCUUUUGACAACUUCUGCCACAGUUUAAAGGCUUUAAGUUUGAGUGGGAAUCGUUUAACUAAAGUUCCCUGGAACACUCUAAGUAAUUGCUCAAAAAUAUCCCAUUUCAAUAUUGCGUCUAAUGAAAUUAAUGAAAUAAACGAAGAAGACUUUAGCUGGGGAAGUAACAUAAGAUCUUUAAAUAUGGGUAAUAACCAUGUGACUCAUAUACAGACUGACGUUUUCUCGAAAUUGGAAAACCUAAAAGAACUAAGUUUAAGUUUUAAUCCCCUACGUUAUAUGGAUAAAGACACCUUUUCUGGAUUGGAUAAAUUAGAAAAUUUGGAACUUUCUUUUUGUUUAAAUCCAGAUAUAGACAUCGAUGAUAUAUUUAUGUCAUUAAAGAAUUUGCAGUGGUUAUCACUGGAUAAUAACAAUUUACAUGCAGUUCCAGAAAAUUUAAUAACUCCUUUAGUGCAAUUAAGAUAUUUAAAUUUGGAAUCGAAUAAGUUACACAAUUUACCAAAACACUUCUUCCAAUCCAAUGACGAACUAAAAGAAAUACGCCUAUCAAACAACGAAUUAAGAAUAAUUGAAACAGGAGCUUUCCAUCAUUUACCAAAUCUCCAAACAGUUACCAUGCACGGAAAUAAAAUCAAGCACAUACAAAGAGAAAGUUUCACACAUCUACCACUUUUAAACAAAAUCAUACUGUCCGAUAAUUUCAUAACUCACAUCAGUCACGAUGCAUUCUCAAAUUUACCAUCUCUAGCUCAUAUAAAUUUGCAAGGCAAUUUCAUAAAAGACGUCUCGUUUAAAUUUUUUACCAACAUUACAAGUCCUAUUUCACUGAACUUGACUAAGAAUCGCAUUUCAUUUUGUACUUCAGACUCGAGAAUUUUAAAUGUGGAAACGCUAGAUUUGAGUUUUAAUAAUUUAGAUACUAUUCCAAAAUGCCUGGAACACACAGCUUUGCUGAAAAAGCUCUUAUUGGAUUCGAAUCUCAUAAGUACUUUAGAUCACAAUGCUUUUAUGCAUCUAACGUCGCUCGAGCAACUCAGUUUGAGAAAUAAUAAAGUAGUAAUGAUAAGUAAGAAAGCAUUUUUCGGUUUGCAGAACUUACAAAUUCUAGAUUUGUCGAAUAAUUCAAUAAGCCAGUUGCACACGAAUCAAUUUGUUAAUAUGCCAAAGUUGCGAAUCUUGAAUUUAAACGAGAAUCGUUUAAGUUACUUACCUCGGGAUAUUUUUAGCAAUACUCUAUUGGAGAUGUUAGAUUUAGGAGUAAAUUUCAUUUCUGUUGUUCCUACUUCCAGCAUUUUUGAUGUGGGAAUGACCCUAAGGCAUUUAUCUAUGCGUUCGAAUAAUAUAGAGCAUAUAGAUAUAACAACAUUCCCUGAUAUACAGUCAUUGCAGUAUCUCGAUUUGAGCAAUAAUAAAUUGACGAUUCUCCCAGAUAAUGUUUUCACUAGCUUAGGACUGCUGCAGUAUCUGGAUUUAAGCUAUAAUCCCCUGAGGUCGAAUUUCAAAGAGUUAUUUCAUUAUGCACAGAGUUUGAAAUAUUUAGAUCUCUCCAACUCAUGGAUAAUGGAUACGCCGUAUUUUCCUUUACCAAACUUGGUUCAUUUGAAUUUAUCUCACAAUCUCAUUGAAACCAUUAACAAAAAUUCGAUUCAACAAUUGAUUAAACUGAAAUCCAUCGACUUAAGUUUUAAUGCCAUCGAAGAGGUACCAGCACAUUUAUGGAAUCAUUUACCUAAUUUAAAAAUUUUGAAUUUAUCAAACAAUCCGAUAAAGGAAUUGGUGGCUGACAGUUUUUCUGGAUUAACAAAUCUACAGGAACUGACGUUGUUAAACCUAAAGCAGUUAAAGAAAUUCGAAAGCCAAAGCAUUUCUGAGCUGAGAGUACUAUCGAAACUUACAAUAGAAACUUGGCCUAAAUUAAAUCAUUUUUCCGACCAAUUGUGUAACUUAUUCUCCAACUUUGAUCAAUUAAGAGUUCUUAAAAUAUACUUUCACGAGAGCAGAUUAGACGAUCAAUUAUUAUGUAUAACGAAUAGAAAAAUUCGUCAUUUGGAAAUUUCCGGAAGGAAUUUGAAAACUGUAGAUAAAGACGCUUUCGCUAGAUUUGUUAGAAAUCCAGAUCUAGUACUUAAAAUCCACGAUACGCAAAUAGAAGAUUUACCAGCAGGACUUUUUACGAAUAUGUUUAGGAUUUCUUAUUUAAGAAUAGAUUUAAGAUACAACAUGUUGACGCAUUUGAGUCCUGAUAUGUUUUAUGCAAACACUACCAGCUGGAGAAACGUGGGCACUACUUUAGUUUCGGGGGGCCUGCUUUUGUCCAAUAAUCCUUUCCGAUGUGGAUGUCAUUUAGCCUGGUUGGGACACUGGUUCCGAAGAUGGAUGAGGGAAAGCGUCCAAUCACACACCGCCCCAGUAGAAACUGCCAUGAGGAUGCAGCAAAUAAUCAAAGAAGCUACUUGUAUAGACUCGUCCUCCGGUAAAGUGGUUCCAAUUGUACAUUUACCUCCAGAAGACAUGAGUUGUCAUGCUAGUGCUCUUAGUAAAUCAACGAAAACAAAAAGCACCUCGUUAUUAUUAUUAAUUAUUUUUGUAUUUUAUUUCGGUACUCUUAGGUAG